AUGCUGCCAGAAGUGGUCAUACAGCGUCUCACGUCCAAUUUCGGCGAAUCUGCCACACCCCUCACUUUGCCUUUAGAGCCCCGUCUGAAAUCCGGCCAAAAUGCUGCUACCGCUGCUCCUCCUGAAUUCUUCGAAACACUUGUGGGAGAGCGACGUGUGCCUCGGGACAAGGACCCCAAGAAGCCCAAUUAUGAGAUGAUCAAGGAUGCUCGUAAGGGUAUUCUAUCGGGAUUCCUCCGGUCAGGCAAAAUCUUUCGUGCUUCCGACUUCGUGGGGUAUGCGAAUCCCAAGACAGCAAUUAUCACCUUGGGCGACAUUUACGACUUCGAAACUCGGUGUCUUGCGGCUCUAGACGACCAGCCAAUCUCCCGGCCUCCCUUGAGCUCCAUAGUCCCUUUCGGGAAAGCAGCUGACAAAGGAGCCGACGAUGAGAAGAAAACCCUACGCAAUUUGUUUUUCAUUGCCUUAGCUCACGAUGAGUUACCUUCCUUCCAUUUCUGGACGAAACCAGGUGAUUUGGAUCCUGUGACCGCUGGACAACCGAUCGACUGGGGCAAACAUUUCGACGAAAAUCCACCUUCGCCAACGACAAAAGCCAAGAUUGCGAUGCUAGAGAACGAGCGGAAAGAGAAGGUACAGCGCGGGGCUGGGGAGCAGCACAAUACACAAAACAAACAGGCGCUUGGAUUCCUAGAUCGUUACAAUGACAUCAAUUUGCCGGGUUUGGGAAGAGAGCCAACUCAAAGGCAACCUACUGAUGACAUCGACUCGGGUUCUCAAACAAGUGCAGCACCGAUUUUCGCGCAAUCCCCGCUUGAGGCUGAAGUCCUACUCCAAUUCAACAGAGGAGGCAUGUAUCUCAGAGAAUUUACCCACAGAGCUCUCUAUGCCAUGGCUUGCUGGCUGGUCGGGAAUGAGGAAGAGGAUGAGGAAGAGAAAGCGAAGGAGGGUCCAACCGAAAUUUGGGACAUGUUCCUGGAUAUCCUGGGUCCUGGGAAAGUUAUUCGCGAAGAGAAAAUUGUCUCUGUAUCUCGGGCCUCAAAUCGGAAUUUUCAGGACAACAUAAAACCAGUUUUUGGCCGGCCAGACAAUAAGUUUCGGAUUCGCUCCACGAGGUAUCAGUCUUCGUGGAACCUGGAGUCAGGCUUUGACUCAGGUGGUGUGGGCGAACUGAAGUAUGAUCUGAAGAUAGUGCGCCCAAACGUUGGCUACUGCUAUUGCUCGGCAAAUUGGCACAAUACCGGAGAUUUGUACUUGAACAAUCUGCAUUUCGAAAAGGCACUUAAAUUCUUAUUCGAUUGGGACUCGUCUGCGUACCCGAAAUCGAACAAUUUGAGCCUUGAUAUACCCGGCCACGGCGCCUUCGGCCUCGAUCGUAACUCAAACGUGGUGGUGGACGACAACAUCCAAAAAAUCUUUGCUGAGCUCUCGGGUACCCCAGUGAAAUCGGAUUCUCACCCUGUAGAGAUUUUCAUUCGCGACGUUUUCGAGGAUGUAACAGACGGGUCCGACUCCCUAAGUACCAGUUCUCCUAGGCAUGGGAAUGCCAAGUCUGAGACGGGUCCCGGAGAAGUACCCGACGUGCUUCAAGCACCGUCAGGAGCAGGUCCACAUGUUGAUCAAGGAUCCAUAAACGCUUUGGGCAUCCCUGAUCAGCCACCAUCAGAUAUCCUCGGUAGCUUGAUCACUGGUCAACUCCCUGAACCUAGUUCCAUCAAAGCAACAGAGGGUCGCGGAGGUCCAGAUUUUCUUUCGAUACAUCCACGGUUGCUCACUAAUGCUGAAAUAAAUGAGCUCAAAGAUCGGUUGAAGAUUGCAGAGGCGAGCGUUGUUGAGACUGAUGGCCUACAAGAGCGGCUGAGAAUUGCAGAGGAGAAGCUUUCUGAAAUGAACAGUUUAGAGCAGCGGCUGAGGACCUCAGAGAGCAGAGCUAAGCUGAAAUCCUCUUGUCCAUUCUGUCCCCAGGACUGGGCAGGGGUGACGAAACAGCAACAACAAGACCACCUUAAGCUACAUCAAAAGAAGAUUAUUCGUCAGCCAGACCCGCAAAAGUGCCCGCAACCAAAUUGUACGAGUUGGUUGGGUGAAAACCAGACAGAAUCAAGCUAUGAGGCCAUUUCAGAACAUCUGCGACUCCACAUUGAAGAAGAACACGCUGAAGAUGGCAUCUGUCAACAUCAACAUUGCCACACGAACAUGUAUGCCCAGACGGCCAAGCAACAAGAGGAGCAUGAGUCCGUCCAUCGCGAUAAUGAAGAGACCGAAGAGGAGCGUGAUCGACUGCAAGAAGAGGUCAAAAAUCUCGAAAGAAUCGUAAAGGAGCGUGACCAGUUGCAAGAACAGGUCAGGGAUCUUCGAGACACGGCAACGGAGCGUGACCAGCUGCAGCAACAAGUCAGGCACCUCCAAGACGCCGCAGACGAGUGGGACCGGUUACAGGAGGACCUCGUGAGUAUCACAGCGGAGCGCGACUCGUUGCGAGACCGGGCGAUGGAACUCGAAAGGCGUUCAAAAGCUGGUUCAGGCCUCGAUGAAGGGAUGCAGACGAAAGAACCGGUGACAGAGGCACAGGUGGAUGAAGAUCCCAAACAGCCAAGUCAAUCUGAAGCUCCUAAGAAACUACGAUACUGCAAUGUCUGCUUGAAGAGCGUGGACAAGAUGAGUGUUAACGCCAAAACUAAGCAUGCAGACAAAUGCGAGACCAGCGUAUCGGAAUUCUUGUUAUUAAAUCCGGCAGAAGCAAAAGUCAUCAGGGAGAAGCGAAACAACAGCCGCGACGUCGUCAGGCCGCAAGCACCAGAGGGUCCGAAAGAAGAAAGGGAGAUGCCUAAUACAGGGGAGAAGAGUAAACAGAAAGCUUCAGCUACAGCUGCCCCAUUGGAAAGUGGGCAGGACGAAGCAGAAGAUGCGAACGCAGCUCAAGAGCCAGAGGCCAGCAAGGCCACAGGUCGUAAAAAACCAAAGCGCAAAUUCGACACAUUCAAACCUCCAAAGGAAGAUGAGUCAAAUAGCGAAGACCUCGAGUCUCCCAAGAAGAAGCCUAAGCUCAAGGCGAAGGCACCCAAAGCCGAGAAAAGAGAAACCGCGCCUACGAGAAGGUCUGCUAGGGGCAAGGACAUAUAUGAACCACCUGAAGAGGAAGAGGAUGUGGAGGAAGCAUACGACGAGCCUUCCUCAUCAGCAAAGGGAAGCAAGAGGAAGAAGAGGAUGGCUCCAAAGAAGACGAGAACAAAUAAAUAG